AUGGAAGGAAAACUGAGGGUUGCGAUUGUGGGCGCCGGUCCUGUUGGCUCUCUAGCCGCGCUGUACGCGGCAAACAGAGGCCACAGCGUUGAAAUUUACGAACUUCGAGGUGAUCUCCGCGAUCCGUCCACCAUUCCCCUGAACUUCACCAAAUCCAUCAACCUUGCACUCUCAGAGCGCGGUCUUAAUGCUAUGCGCCAUGCCGACCAACCAAACCUCGUUGAGAAUGUCCUGGCCGCCACUAUCCCGAUGCGCGGCCGGAUGAUCCACCGCAGGACGGCAGCCGGCGCUUUGUGCGAGGAACCGCAAGACUAUGAUCCUGUGCACGGCAAUGCCAUCCUGGCAAUUGAUCGCGGCGGCCUCAAUAAGAGGCUUCUCGAUAUCCUUGAGGCUAUGCCCAAUGUGAAAUUCUUCUUUAACCACAAGCUCACAGGAGCAGACUUCAAGCAAAACAAGGCAUGGUUUGAAGUCCGCGAAAAUGGGUCGAGCCGAAAUCCGGGGGACCGGCGCGAAAUUGAGAUCAGCUUCGACCUCAUGCUUGGAUGCGACGGGGCUCACUCCGCUGUUCGCUACCACAUGAUGAAAUUCACCCAGAUGGAUUACCAGCAAACCUACGUCCCCGCCCUCUGGUGCGAGUUCCAGAUCAAGCCCAAGGAAUCGGCCCCAGACGAAAAUCCUAUGUCCAGGUACAGGAUCUCUCCAAACCACUUACACAUUUGGCCAGCCAAAGAAUUCAUGUUCAUUGCCAUUCCAGGAGAGGGCGGUGCCUUCGUCUGCACCCUCUUCGCUCCUCCUUGGGUUUACUCCAAGUUGGAGUCCGACCCAACCGCUCUCCUCAUCCCCUUCUUCGACGAACACUUCCCCGGCGUGACGCAACUUAUCCCCCCUGAAGAACUCAUCUCUUCCUUCCAGCAAAACCCCCACCUUCCCCUCAUCAGCAUCAAGUGCAAACCCUACCACUACGGGUCUUCGGUCGUUAUCCUCGGCGACGCUGCCCACGCCAUGGUGCCUUUUUACGGCCAAGGCAUGAAUGCGGGGCUCGAGUCAGUCCGAAUCCUCUUUGAUAUCCUAGACAAACAUGCCCGGAUGGACGAGCUCCUCUCUCCUGACUCCAAGUUCGCCGUCGAGUCGCGAGCUCGUGCCCUCGAAGAGUACACAGCGAUCCGCGUCCCCGAUGCGCAUGCCAUCAAUGACAUGGCGCUCAACAAUUAUGAGGAGAUGCGUGCCAAGGUGCUAUCGCGGAAGUACCUCUUGCGCAAGUGGCUUGAGGAGAAGCUGUCCAAGCAUGCGCCGUGGCUGGGCUGGCAGACACAGUAUUCUCGGGUGUCGUUCAGCAAUCAGCGGUACUCAGAGGUCAAGAAGAAAAGCCAGUAUCAGGGGGACAUGCUGGUGCGCGGGUUUAUGGCACUUGUGGGCAUGCCUGUGCUGGCCGGCGCUGUGGUGCUGUUGGUGAGGUACAAGCGAGCUGUGGAUGUGGGAUUGAGGGCUGCGCUUGGGUCUGUUGACUCAAUGGUGGAGCUGAUGACCAUGAAGCUGUGA